CUCUCUUCUCACUUGCUCCUCUUUGCUCUCUCUCGCUCUCAAUCGACUAUUGUUCACUAAAAUUGUGUUCAGCAACUUCCCUGUUUGUAAUCUGGAACCGGAGGACCGAGGGACUUUGGGUGUCAGAUAAAAGCAGCUUUUACUGAUCACAGGAUGUAUGUCUUCAUGUUACUGUAAUGGAGUUGCAGAUGACGAUCAUCUUCAUCUUUUUAUGUAAGUUGACACAUGAUCGUCUCAUCUGCUGAUGUACAGUUGAAGAGUCACCAGUUAGGCAUUAAGGGAGGAUCCAUCACUUUUCCUGAUCCUUUGGAGAAUGGACUUCUUUUAUUUGAAAGAAGUAAUAUUGCUGAAGUGAAGGACAAAAAAAUAGAUAUAUUGGAGGAAACUUACAAGGACAGACUUUUAUGGAACAACAAAACUGGUCUUUUCACAAUCAGAGGACUAAAGCAGAAGGACUCUGGUGUUUAUAGUAUUGACCCUAAAAAAGGAUUUAGUUCCAUAAUAAAUCAUAAACUCACUGUAUAUGAGUCUGUAGCAGCUCCUGCAGUGGAAACUCUGAACGUGAGUGCAGAGAGCUGCUCCUUUCUGUGUUUGGUGACCAAGACUGAAGAGACGACUCUGCUGUGGUACAAAGACGAGGAAAUAAUCAACCAGAGCAGCUCUGCUCUCUCACUGCCUCUCACUGUACACAGACAUGAUGUCACAUCAUCUUAUAGAUGUGUGGCAGCCAACCCUGCUGAAAAUAAGACUCUUCAUGUCGAUGUUAGAAACAUCUGUGUGGAACUUAACUCAGGCAGCAAGAGUGACCUCAACACUAGACGCUAUAUGAUCAUAAUUCCUAUCGUGUUGGCCGUGAUUGUUAUACUUGUUGCCCUGUUCAUCAGAUGGUUUGUCCUCAACCACAAGAAGUCAACCAUACAAACACAAGUGAAUAGAGACUCUGACGUGGUGUACUCAGAUGUCCAUAUAAACGCAGACAGAUGCAGCCAGGGAAGAAAUUUACCAGACUCAUCAGAACCUGAUGAACACCCCGGCUUAAGAUCGGUGUACUACAAGCUGGGGCCGCAUCCCCUGUCUCCUCCUGAAACAGAUGAUCAUGUUUAUGACCAAGCAACAAACUUCCCACAUGCAUGAGCAGCUUAGUGAUUCCAGAAACAGAAGACACUAUCAGUGUUUCAAUAUCAAGCAGCUACUUGUAUUCAAGGUCAUUACACAGUAUGUGCUCAAUAUUCUGAUUUCUAUGCUGUCUCUUUUUGCAAUUUAUUUGUCGUUAACGUUUCAAUGUUUUCAUAUUGCUUUGAAUUAAAAGUGUAUUAAAAAAUCGUCCACACAU